AACCAGUGUGAGUGAAACAUGGCGAGGAUGUGAAGAGUUUAGCGUCUCAGUCAUGGAUUUCUCUCUCAGCUCGGUUCGAGUUUACUGUUUCUGUUGUUUGUUUCUUCCUCCGCUGGCCGGGCUGCAGUCCGGCGUCGUGCUGCUGGACGUGUCGGUGGGACCGGCUUGGAUCUAUCGCAUUGAUCGGGAUUUAACUCCCGCUUCUGUCCGCCGCUUUAUUCACAUCCACCGACGAACCGGGAUCAUUUUUCUCUCUGAAGAGCCGGACUGCGCGUUGUGGAGAAACUCUGUUCCGGUCUAUGUUCAGGUCCGAUCACAGACUGGUCCCCACGAGUCCAUCCUGAUCCGCCUCAAGCUGACCCUCCACACCCGGGACUGUGGGAUCCGACCCGGGCGACGGUCCGUUAACCCUGCGGUGAGUGUUCAUAUGCGGCUCCGGUCCAGCGCGGUGCCUUCCUGUGUCCUCACGCACGAUCUGCAGAGCAAAGUUCACGAUCACCUGCCGCAUUUUCUGCGCAGAGGCAAACGUGUUCGGAUUUCCUGUGCGGUUAAAGGACAGAAGAAAAGUUUCUCUGGUGCUUUUAGCCCCAUGUGUUUCGCGUCUGAGCUGCACGCUGUUUGUAGGCUGUGGGACUCUGGCGGCUCUCCCACCUCCACUCAGGUGUUCCUGAAGCUCGUGGCUGCUUCUCCACCUCGUGACGUCACGCGGGUGUUUCCUGAGCGCAGCAGACGUGGGGCAGUGGUGAACUCUGCUCCUCAGUUUCAGCUGCCCAAUUAUCAGGUGUCUGUACCUGAGAACGAGCCGGCGAUGACACGUGUCAUCACACUGAAAGCUCUGGAUGGAGACCUUGGAGCCGCAGGUCAGGUAAACUACGACAUGGAGGCUCUGUUCGACAGCCGGUCCAACGACUACUUCCAGAUCGACAUGAAGACUGGCUGCAUUUCCACCCUGCAGCCGCUGGACCGGGAGGUCAAGGACACACACAUCUUCAGGGUCGUUGCCACAGACAACGGGAAGCCGAGGAGGUCGUCCACUGCGUACCUCACCAUCACUGUCAGCGACACAAACGACCACACGCCGGUGUUCGAGCAGACAGAGUACAGGGUUGACCUCAGGGAGAAUGUGGACACGGGGUUUGAGGUGCUGACCAUCAGGGCGACGGAUGGAGAUGCUCCGUCCAACGCCAACAUGAUCUACAGGAUUGUCGGUGAGGAGGACCCUGCCAUUUUCGAGAUCAACCCCAGGAGCGGAUUGGUCCGAAUUACAGAACGCCCCGAUCGGGAACGCGUGUCACAGUACCAGCUGGUGGUGGAGGCCAGCGAUCGGGGCAGAGAUCCAGGGCCCCGCAGCGCCACGGCCACAGUGUUGAUCAAUGUGGAGGAUGAGAACGACAACUAUCCACACUUCACUCAGAGACGUUACAUCAUCCAGGUGUUGGAGAGUGUGGCAGUGAACACCAGAGUGGCUCAGGUGGAAGCCACAGAUGAGGACCAAGGUGACAAUGGUAAAGUGUACUACAGCAUCAUCAGCGGCAACGUUAGGGGCCAGUUCUACAUCCACUCCCCAACCGGCGUCAUCGACCUCAUUAGCCCUCUGGACUAUGAGACCAUCAGGGAGUACAAGCUUCGAGUCAAAGCUCAGGAUGGCGGCCGCCCUCCACUGAUUAACAGCACCGGGCUCGUUGUCAUUCAGGUGGUGGAUAUGAACGACAAUGCCCCCAUGUUCGUCAGCACGCCACUCCAGGCAACCAUCCUGGAGAAUGUGGCUAUUGGCCACUCUGUGAUCCACAUCCAGGCCAUUGAUGCAGACUCGGGUAACAACUCUCACCUGGAGUAUCGACUGGCCGACGCAGGGCUGGGCUUCCCCUUCAUUAUCAACAACAGCACUGGGUGGGUGACCGUCAGCACAGAGCUCGACAGGGAGACCACUGAGCUGUACACUUUUUGGGUGGAAGCAGUGGAUCAUGGCGUCCCUGCCUUGUCGUCCUCUGCCUCUGUCAGCGUGACAGUCCUCGAUGUGAAUGAUAAUGUUCCCACAUUUACUCAGGCACUUUACAACGUAAAAAUCAACGAGGAUGCUGCCGCAGGAACCAGCGUGCUGCUGCUGUCCGCCAUCGACCGCGACGCCAACAGCAUCGUGACCUAUCAGAUCUCCAGUGGAAACACCAGGAACAGGUUCUCCAUCACCAGCCAGAAUGCUGGAGGUCUGAUCACUUUGGCAUUGCCACUGGACUAUAAGCAGGAGCGGCAGUACGUCCUGACGGUGACGGCGUCAGAUGGCAUGCGUCAAGAUACAGCACAGGUUUAUGUCAACGUCACCGAUGCCAACACCCACCGGCCAGUGUUCCAGAGCACCAACUACCAGGUGACGCUGGGUGAGGACCAGCCCAUCGGCUCCACUGUAGUCAUCAUCAGUGCCACAGAUGAAGACACGGGAGAGAAUGCUUGCAUCAGUUAUAUCAUGGAGGACAAUGUGCCGCAGUUCAAAAUCCACCCACAAACAGGUGCCGUCACCACUCAAACUGACGUUGACUAUGAGGACCAGGCCUCCUUUACCCUCGCCAUCAUUGCCCACGACCACGGUAUCCCUGAAAAAUCGGACACCACGUACGUCGAGAUCAUCGUGUUGGAUGCCAAUGAUAAUGCCCCACAGUUCCUGAGAGACCUCUACCAGGGUUCUGUAUUUGAAGAUGUUCCAGUUUACACCAGUGUGCUGCAGGUCUCUGCCUCUGACCGAGACACCGGUGCUAACGGCAGAGUCAGCUACUCCUUCCACAGCGGCCAUGAUGGGGACGGAGACUUCUUCAUCGAGCCGUACUCUGGCAUCGUCAGGACAGCCAGGAAACUGGACCGAGAGAAUGUGGCGGCGUACCAACUUCACGCUGUUGCUGUGGACAAAGGUGUCCCUCCUCUCAGAGCGAUGGUGGACAUCCAGGUGUCCGUGCAGGACAUCAAUGAUAACGCUCCUGUGUUUGAGAAAGAUGAGAUGGACAUCUAUGUGAUGGAGAACAGUCCUGUUGGCUCCAUCGUGGCUCGAAUCACAGCUACAGAUCCUGAUGAAGGAACGAACGCUCAAAUCCUGUUUCAGAUUGUAGAGGGGAACAUCCCGGAAGUCUUCCAGUUGGACAUCUUUAAUGGGGACCUCAUUGCUCUCGCUGACUUGGAUUAUGAGUCCAAAUCAAAGUACACCAUCAUAAUCCAAGCCACCUCGGCUCCUUUAGUGAGCCGGGCCACCAUCCACAUCCAUCUGCUGGACGUCAAUGACAACGUUCCUGUCCUGCAGGACUUUGAAAUCAUUUUCAACAACUACAUCAGCAACCGGUCCGACACCUUCCCUGCUGGACCAAUUGGGUCAGUGCCAGCCCGGGACCCGGAUGUGACAGAUAAACUGAGGUUCAGUUUUAUAGAGGGGAACGAGCUGAACCUGCUGAUCCUGAACCAGGCCAACGGGGAGCUGCAGCUCAGCAGGGACCUGGACAACAACAGACCUCUGGAAGCCUCCAUGAAGAUCCAAGUUAGCGAUGGUGUCCACCGAGUGACGGCUGUCUGCUCGCUGCGAGUCUCCAUCAUCACUGACGACAUGCUGACCAACAGCGUCACCGUCCGUUUGGACAACAUGUCUCAGCAGCACUUCCUGUCCCCUCUGCUGUCUCUGUUUGUGGAGGCUGUGGCCGCCGUCCUCUCAACCCGCCGAGACCACGUCUUUGUCUUCAGCAUCCAGAAUGACUCCUCAGUGGAGGGAAACGUCCUGAACGUGACGCUUUCAGCCCUGAAGCCGCCUGAGGACCAUGACGCACUGGGAGGCGGUUUCCUGUCAUCUGAGACGCUACAGGAGCAGAUCUACCUGAACCGGACGCUGCUGACACAGUUGUCCAAUCAGCUCGUCCUGCCGUUUGACGAUAACGUCUGUCUGCGCGAGCCCUGCGAGAACUACAUGAAGUGUGUGUCGGUGCUGAGCUUCCACAGCACGGCGGCGUUUGCCGUGUCCGACACGCUGCUCUUCAGGUCCAUCCAGCCGGUGGGGGGGCUGAGGUGUCGCUGCCCACCCGGUUUCUCUGGAGAAAACUGUGAGACGGAGGUCGACCAGUGCUACUCUUCACCGUGUCUGAAUGGAGGGACGUGUCACAGCACAGAGGGACGAUUCAACUGCCAGUGUCCUCACAAACACACCGGCGAGCGGUGUCAGGUGGACUCUGGGUCUGGACGCUGUGUCCCAGGUGUGUGUAAGAAUGGAGGCAGGUGUGUUGACCUGCAGGCCGGCGGGUUCACAUGUCGAUGUCCCAGUGGAGACUUUCAGACGACGUACUGUGAGGAGACGAGUCGAAGCUUCCCGAGACGGUCCUUUGUCACCUACAGAGGCCUGAGACAGAGAUUCCACUUCCGUCUGUCCCUCAGGUUUGCGACCACAGACAGGAACUCUCUGCUGUUGUUUAACGGCCGAUUCAACCAGAAACACGACUUCAUCGCUCUGGAGAUCAUCAACGCGCAGAUUCAGCUCACCUUCUCUGCAGGAGAAAACAGGACCUCUGUGAAGACGUUUGUGGAGGGCGGAGUCAGUGACGGCGAGUGGCACUCGGUUCAUCUGCACUACCACAACAAGCCACGUGUCGGGCGUCUCGGCGUUCCUCUCGGUCCGUCUGGUGAGAAGGUGGCGGUGGUUGCCGUGGACGACUGUGAUGUGGAGGUGGCAAUUCGUUUUGGCAGCCGGAUCAGAAACUAUUCAUGUGCCGCUCAACGAGCUCAGACUGGACCGAAGAAGUCGUUGGAUCUGACAGGACCUCUGCUGCUCGGUGGCGUCCCUGACCUGCCGGAGGAUUUCCCCGUCAGGAGUCGAGACUUUGAGGGUUGCAUCAGAGAUCUGACCAUCGAUGGACAGCAGGUGGACUUGGCUCGAUUCAUCUCCAACAAUGGCACCAGCGCAGGCUGUGGAGUAAAGCAGGAUUUCUGCAGCAGGACGUUGUGUCUGAAUGGAGGAGUCUGUGUGAACAGGUGGAGUUCCUACACCUGUCGGUGUCUGCUUGGCUUCGGAGGAAAAAACUGUGAACAAGUCAUGCCGUCCCCUCUGAAGUUUAACGGUGAGGCAUUGGUGUGGUGGGCGGAGCCUGAGGUGACCGUCAGUGUGCCCUGGUACCUGGGUCUGAUGUUCAGAACGAGACACGGAGCUGGAUCUCUGCUGAUGGCUGACGCUGGAAAAUCGUCCAGGAUUCAUCUGCUGGUCAGCAACAGUCACCUGACUUUCCAGGUGUUUGUGGGUGUGAAGCGAGUCGCUCUGCUGGUCUUCCACCAGACUCGAGUCGAUGACGGCGAGUGGCAUCACGUCCUGAUGGAGCUGAAGAGCAGCAAAGAUGGAAAGGAUAUCAAAUACCUGGCUGAGGUGUCUUUGGACUACGGCUUGUUUCAGUGGCAGGUGGAGAUUGGGAAUGAGCUGCCGGGUCUCAGGUUGAAGAGUCUGUUUGUUGGAGGUCUGAUGAAGAAGAACGGCUCUGUGGUGAACGGAUGGAGAGGCUGCAUCCAGGGUGUGAGGAUGGGUGAGACUUCCAUGAGACUGGCUCACGUUGACCUGCGGGAGGGUCGGAGGGUCGGCGUAGAGGACGGAUGUGAUGUGGUCGACUCCUGCGGCGACGCCGUCUGUCCGCCACACAGUCGCUGCAGAGACCUCUGGGAAGGUCACACCUGUACCUGCCAGCCAGGAUUCCUUGGGAGGGACUGUGUGGACGUGUGUCUCCUGAACCCCUGUCAGCACAACUCCACCUGCGUCCACCAACCGAGCUCCGCCCGCGGAUAUCGCUGUCGCUGUGGAGACAGUUACCAUGGAGAGUACUGUCAGCACAGGUGGGCCAGAUCGGAUGUGCCGUGUGCUCGGGGCUGGUGGGGGCAUCCAGUCUGUGGUCCCUGUGACUGUGAUGUUUCUAAAGGAUUCAACAGAGACUGCAACAAGACUACAGGAGAGUGCAGCUGUAAGGAGAAUUAUUUCCGUCCAGAUGGCAGCGACUCGUGCUUCCCCUGCGACUGUUUCCAGCUGGGCUCUUUGUCUCGUGCCUGUGACCCUCAGAGCGGUCAGUGUCUCUGCAGGACAGGUGUGGUGGGACGUCAGUGCAACACCUGCGACAACCCGUACGCCGAGGUCACGUCGGGAGGCUGCGUGGUCGUGUAUGACGUCUGUCCGCGGGUGUUUGAAUCUGGACUCUGGUGGCCGAGAACUCACUUUAAUCAACCUGCAGCUGUGAGGUGUCCUCGAGGUUUCACAGGUAGAGCCGCACGCCACUGUGACGAGCAACAUGGCUGGCUCCGUCCCCUCCUCUUCAACUGCACCUCACUGAGCUUCAGAGACCUCCACCACCAGGAGGAGGAGCUUCAGAGAAACGGGUCACGAUUGGACGGGGACAGGUCACGGAGGAUCGCUGCGAUGCUGCGGGAGGCGACCAAUCAGAAGGCUGUUCUUCACGGCCGUGACCUGCAGUCAGCGUUCAGCCUGCUGAGUCAGCUGCUGCGGUACGAGAGCCAACAACACGGCUUCAACAUGGCCGCCACGCAGGACCGCCACUUCCACCAGAAUAUUAUUCAGACUGGGAGCUUCCUGUUGGAGCGGAGCGGCGAGCUGCAGCAUCAGGUUCAAAGGUCAGAGGGCGGAGCUUCACGUCUGCUAAGGAGCUUCGAGCUUUACGGCCAAAACCUCGCCAAGAACACGAAGAAGACCUACAUGAAGCCCUUCAUCAUCCUCAGUCCAAACAUCAUCUUCUCAGUGGACUUCCUGGACAGCAGCAGGAUGAAGCCCCGCCUCUCUGAUGUCCAGCCUGAACUUCCUGUUGGCCUUCAGGCUUCUGUUGAUUUCCAGCAAUUCACAUCACAUGAUGACGUUAAACCUGCUCCAGUUUCUACGAAGGCGCCAACUGAGCAGCCUGGUGAUGUCACCACUGAUGUCACUGCUGAUGUCAGCCAGGCUGCGUCACCUUCCUCUGAGUCUUCGCUGCUGGUCGCUGUCGUGAUCGUCUACAGGACUCUGGGAGAUCUGCUGCCGCAGAGAGCGCUGAGUCGAUCUGUCAUCAACACACCUGUUGUCACCUUGAUGACGCACAGUGAAGGAGUGUCCUGGCCCCGCCCCCUAAACCGCCCUGUCAUUCUGCAGCUCCGCCUACUGGUGAGAGAGGGGCGAGUGAGGCCGCGAUGUGUUGUCUGGAGUCACACAGCAGGGGUGAGCAGGUCAGGCGGCUGGUCCUCCACAGGCUGUGAUCUGAUGAGCAGGAAUCAAACUCACGUCACCUGUCGUUGUGUUGACGCGUCCAGCGUUGCCGUGGUGAUGGACGUCUCCAGGAGAGAGCGUGAGGAAGUUCUUCCUCUGAAGCUCAUCACGUUCACCUCACUCUCCUCCUCGCUGCUCUUCCUCCUCGUCACCUUCGUCCUCCUCCUCGUCCUCACAAACCUGCGCUCCAACCUGCACAGCAUCCACCUGAACCAGGUGACCUCCGUCUUCCUGUCGCAGCUCAUCUUCCUGCUCUCCAUCGACCAAACGCAGAACCAGUCCGUGUGCACGCUGGCGGCCAUCGUGCUGCAUUACUGCUGCAUGUGUUCGUUCUGCUGGAUGUUGGUGGAGGAGCUGCACGUCUACCGCAUGAUGACAGAGAUACGCAACAUCAACCACCGUCACAUGACCUUCUACUACGCUACUGGCUGGGGCCUCCCGGCUUUCGUCACGGGUCUUUCUGUCGGUCUGGAUCCUGGUGGUUUUGGGUGCUCGGAGUUCUGUUGGCUUUCUGUUCAGGACUCUGUGAUGUGGAGCAUCGCCGGACCCUUCACUGCUGUCGUCACGGUUACCGUGGUGAUGUUUGCCCUGGCAGUUAAACAGUCCAUAGCACAGAGAAAGACGAGCUCUGAGAUGGCUGCUCUAAGCUCCUCUCUGAGGUCAGCCAUCUUGUUGCUGUUGCUCCUCAGCGCCUCCUGGCUGUCAGGUCUGCUGGCACUCAACAGUGAUGUCAUUUCCUUCCACUACCUGUUCUCCAUCUUCAGCUGCGUGCAGGGCGUCUGCUUCUUCUUCUCCUACUGUGUCUUCAACAGAGAGCUGAGGAUGAACCUGAAGGAGAUCUUCAUCAGGAGGAAGACGAGCCGAGAGCUGAGGAACAACCACACGCCUGUGCUGACCCGCUCGCUGAACAGGAAGCCGUCGUUCUCUGGAGAUGAAGGGAUUUAUCGAACCGCCAUCGGAGAGUCGACAGCAUCUCUGAACAGGAGUGACUCAGGACUGAAAUGUCCCGCAUCCUCCGGCUCCACCAGGAAGUGUUUCCAUGGUAACAACAGCUCCUCCACAGUAACCCGGAAACAAUUCAGAAGAAGAGACUCGGACAGCUCGGACUGCAGCUCUGAUGCUUCGUUUCACUCGUCUGGCAGUGAGGACGAACGACAGGCUCGGAAACAUCAGUGGGACAACCGGAGACAAGAAGAGAAGAAGAACACAACACUGCAGGGUCAAAUUCUGUCCAAUCACGUGAUGCUUCACUGGCUGGUGGAGGACAGCGAGCAGCUCAGUCAGGAAGGAGGAGGAAGAGGAGGUGGGGAGGUGAAGCUCAGUGUGGAGACCGGAGUUAACGUGGAGCAGCUGAGUAACCAAUCAACCGCUGAGAAUGGAGCGUCGCCCAGCUCACCUGACAGCAACCAGCAGCCAAUGAGACGUCGAGGGAUCUUAAAGACCAGGACCCCUCCUCCCCCUGCAGUGACAGACAGGAACAGGAAGUACCUCCCCAGUGAAGCCCCGCCCCUCGUCAGCCCUUCAUCCUCCUCUCCAACUAAUCACAGCUUCCGUCAGGUCGCCAGGGGAAACGGAGCACUCAUCCCACCUCUGUCACCGCGGCAGCAGUACAGUGGAGUCACCAUGGUAACCAGGACAAGGCUGACAACCAAUCACGAGUCUGACUGCAGCGAUGAAACUUCCAUCUGAAGAGGAACCUGAAGCUGCACAAACAGGAACCAGAGAAGAACAAUCGGCUGUUAGCAUGAAAUGACUUUGUUGGCACAAAGCUGGAGGUCAAAGGUCGGUGGGUGACAGGAAGUCUGGCCCACAUGUGGUCCUGCGACGCCACAACGCAGCCGACGCCCGACCGACUCAGCUGGAAGCCUGAGGUGCCGAGGCCAGUUGGUGUUCGGGCUGAACAGUCUGACUUAGUCAGGCUCCCAUCCAAGCUUUGCUGUUCUCGUGUUUUUCUGGACAGAUUUCAGGUUCCCUCAUCAAAGUUCUCAUCAUGUUGUGUCUUCACUGAGUGGUUUGGUUGUCUGCUUCUUCUUUGUUGAGGUUUCACUUUAAAUCUUCUCCUCUUUUGUGACACGGGUUAAAAAGUUCAGGGAACUUUUAUUUUGAAAUUCAGAGGAUGAGGCGCGUCUGUAAAUGAGAGAGAGACUGUUGAUUUAUUUUUUAGGAUUUAUUUUUUAUACCUGAGUAAAGCAGACAACUGAUGUUUGAAUGUUUUUAAUGCAAAAUAAAGUGUUUUCACAUUUUAAUUGUUGGUGUGUGUUCAGACUGUUUCAGUCUUCAUGCUGAAUUUCUGUACUUUUACUGACAUAAAUCUUUUGAAUUGUGUCUCUUUAACUGUAGGUCUGUCCUCCUAUGUCCUCGGUCAGAUUUUUGGCAGUUUGUCCUGUCGUCCUGCCAGCUGACUGUUUGUCUAUAAAGUUUGUUUGAACAGUCGGCUGCUGUAACUUCAGUCUUCUGGUUUCAGGGUUUCAAGCAGGUUUCAGACUCUUGUGUUGUUCUUGGACUGUUGUACCCAUAAAGUUUUUCUCAGGUCAUUUGCUCCCCGUUGAAACAGAAUAAGCUGCGUUUGCAUUUCAAGUCAGCAGACUUGGUGGUCUGUAACCUUCACGUGUAGAUGAGCCUCGGCUUCAGAUCAGCAAAGUAACUGAAUUCAGCAAAACCAUCAAUCA